CCCGCGCUGUCGAAGUUCCGUUUGCGAAGAUGUUGCACCGUGUGUCCCGUUCCGUCGUCGCCUGCCGCUCCGCGCGCGCCUUCUCCACGUCCUCCGUGGAACGUGUACCGCUCUUUAUCGACGGCAAGUUCGUGCAGUCUAAGACCGACAAGUGGAUUGACCUCCGCAACCCCGCGACGAACGAGGUGAUCUACCAGGUCCCGGAGGCUACGCAAGAUGAGAUGCGCCAAGCCACGGAGGCCGCUGCUCGAGCCUACAAGACGUGGAAGGAGGUGGGCGUGCAGCACCGUCAGCGCGUCAUGCUCAAGCUGCAGCAUCUGAUUCGUGAGCACACAGAAGAGCUCGCAUUGUCCAUCACCAAUGAACAGGGCAAGACGCUCGCUGACGCUCGUGGCGACGUGUUUCGUGGUCUGGAAGUCGUGGAGCACACAUGCGGAACUGCCACGCUCAUGAUGGGCGAGACGGCGGAGAACCUGGCCACGUCCCUGGACACUUACUCGUACAAGCAGCCGCUGGGUGUGUGUGCUGGUAUCUGUCCCUUUAACUUCCCAGCCAUGAUCCCGCUUUGGAUGUUCCCCACGGGUACCGUGACCGGUAACACAUACGUGCUCAAGCCCUCGGAGAAGGACCCUGGUGCCACAAUGAUUCUCGCUCGUCUGGCUCAAGAAGCAGGUCUCCCAGACGGUGUGCUCAACAUUAUCCACGGUGCUCAUGACACUGUCAACUUCAUCUGCGACGCACCCGAGAUCAAAGCCAUCUCCUUCGUGGGCGGCAACCAGGCGGGCGAGUACAUUCACUCUCGUGGCAGUGCUAACGGCAAGCGUGUGCAGGCCAAUCUGGGUGCCAAGAACCACGCUGUCAUCAUGCCUGAUUGCGACAAGGAGCAGGCUGUCGGAGCUCUUGCUGGCGCUGCUUUUGGAGCUGCUGGGCAGCGCUGCAUGGCCCUUUCCGUCGCCGUGUUUGUGGGCAAGUCCAAGGAAUGGGUGCACGACAUCGUGCAGAAGGCCAAGGAGAUGAAGGUGAACGGCGGCUUGGAGCCUGGAACUGAUGUCGGUCCGUUGAUCACAGUGGCGGCCAAGGAGCGCGCGGAGCGUCUGAUCCAAGAAGGUGUGGACAAUGGUGCAGAGCUGCUUCUCGAUGGACGCAACGUCAAGGUUUCCAAGUACCCGAAUGGUAACUUUGUGGGUCCGACGGUACUGAACAACGUGGGCACGGACAACCCUGCGUACGUGGAAGAGAUUUUUGCUCCAGUGCUGGUCUGCACAUCCGUGGACACGCUGGAAGAAGCGAUCGAGCUCAUCAACCGCAACCCGUACGGCAACGGAACCUCAAUCUUCACGUCAUCAGGGGCAGCUGCUCGCAAGUUCCAACACGAAAUUGAUGUGGGUCAGGUGGGCAUCAACGUGCCGAUCCCCGUCCCUCUGCCCAUGUUCUCGUUCACUGGCUCGCGUGCAUCGAUCCGUGGCGACCUGAACUUCUACGGCAAAGCUGGUAUCAACUUUUACACGCAGAUCAAGACCGUCACGUCGCUGUGGGACUACAAUGAGAAGACACGCUACAGCGCUGUGAUGCCGACACUCGGCCAGAAGUAAGACAGCCCAGCCAGACUAUCAGAUGCGUAAAGCAGUAAAUGAAUUGACACUUCCAUUUUUGUGUAUUCUCCGCAAUGAUUUAACGUCUUCGUCCACCACCACGGCCCCGACCUCCGCCACGUCCACCACCCCGGCCCCCUCCACGACCUCCAUAGUAACCUCCUCCCCCUCCGUAGUCAUCACGAUCAGUUCUCUCUUCGUCAGCCUCGGAGAUCUUCGUCUCCUCAAGUUUUCGUCCGUCAGGCUCGUUCAAAGUGCAGCGGUUGGCGUGGUAUUGGUUCACAAACAUCUCGAGUUGACCAGCAGCGUUAGCUGCUCCCGUCUUGGCGUUCUUACUCAGUCGCGGACACACGUCACGAGCAAUGAGAACCAGCAGCUUGUGGAACUGCUUCUGGUAGUUACGCAGCAACUCGAAGCCGGCCACUUCCAGGAUGGUCAGAGUCAGAGCGCCAGUCAUGAGGUGAAGCGGCUCAUUCACCAGCCGAGCCAGCCAAGCCCAGCAAUCUCCAAG